AUGUCUCCCAUCGUUGUUCGAUCUGCCGCCCGCGCUGUUCAGCGCCGCCAAUUCUCUCUCCUCACUGCCAUGCGAAACGCUGGUCGAGCCAUGGAGUCUCACCCAUUCGAGCGUCUUCCCAUCACUCAGCAGCCUGCUAAGCCCGACUACGCCAAGAUGUUCAAGCGAGUUGGAAGCCAAGCUCUCUUCUUCUUCCCUGGCUUCGCUGUCAUCCUCGGCUGGCCCCUCGCUGCCCAGUAUGCCUUCGACGGUAGACUGUAA